ACGCAAGCAGAUGCGACGCCAUUUGCUGCCGGCCGUGCGCGUGUAAAGCAAGUCUUGGAAGAGCUCGGUCUCGGGACUCUCUCGCGCACGCGACCGGCCUCUCGCGCCCGCUUGGUACCGCGGGGCUCCACGCGUUACCCCACGCCCCCCUUGGAGGAAUCGCCACCGCCGCCGCCCGAGUAAGAGUCGGAGUCGCCGAGAGGCCUCUGCUCCCGCCAUGCCCAAGAAUAAAGGUAAAGGAGGUAAAAAUAGACGUAGGGGUAAGAACGAAAAUGAAUCCGAAAAAAGAGAAUUGGUGUUCAAAGAAGAUGGGCAAGAAUAUGCUCAGGUAAUCAAAAUGUUGGGAAACGGGCGCUUAGAAGCAAUGUGUUUUGAUGGUGUAAAGAGAUUGUGUCACAUCAGGGGGAAAUUGAGGAAAAAGGUUUGGAUAAAUACCUCAGACAUAAUAUUAGUUGGUCUACGAGAUUACCAGGAUAAUAAAGCUGAUGUAAUUUUAAAAUACAAUGCUGAUGAAGCGAGAAGUCUGAAGGCAUAUGGCGAGCUUCCAGAGCAUGCUAAAAUCAAUGAAACUGAUACAUUUGGUCCUGGAGAUGACGAUGAAAUCCAGUUUGAUGACAUUGGUGACGAUGACGAAGACAUUGAUGAUAUCUAACUUGACCUCAACAUUCUGCAUUCCAACUUCUCUGAGGAUUUUUCAACAAUUUGCAUUUCGGCUGAGGCCUAUAAAAGAAGAUUAAAAUCCCUUUAAUUUGAAUGCAGUUGGGUUAAAGCAUACUGAUUUGUUUCUAAGGUGUUUCUUUAAAAACCGGUAGUGUUGAAUUAAGUGAAAUAUUAAGCUCACUUUGUUCUUCGGGUAUAAUGGAGUUUAUGGGUAAAAGAGAGAGCACAUCUACUAUUUUUGAAAAGAGGAAAAAAACCUUUCCUAUUUUGACCACUUCCAGUAAAUAAAUGGAUGCUUUAAAUAAACCAUUUGCCCUAUACUUAUCACUUAUAAGUAAGCCCUAGUUUUUACUAGCCUGUUGACUGUACAGUGUAUUUCUAUAUAUUUCAGUUACCUGCAUGUAUCCUUGAGGUUUUGAACAAAAUUAAGGGAUGCAGAAAUCUUCAUUUGAAAUCAGAAAUAAUAGAACCUGGGUUUUAAUAGCAAUUUUGAAUUUGUAAGGUUAGUAGUUGCAGAAAUUGAACACUAGGUGGCACCUCUUAACAUUGGAAAUACUGAUUUGGUUGUAAAUUUUUUUUUAAGCUCACUGUACAUACGAAAUAUCCCAACCAAGAUUUUUUUGAUCAUAUGCAUGUAUGUUGAAUAUUUUUACAGAACUAAGAGUAUUGCCAUUUUAUUUCAGAAGUUAUAUGUGUAAGCUACAAUUUUAAAUGAAUUUAUACACAUAAUAAAGACAAUGUCAUGCUGCACAGUGUAUUAUAUAUAUACUUUGUGUUUAGGAUAUAUUUUAUUGUGUGUACAGAAUGUGUUUUUUUUGGUAUGUUAUUAGGAAUUUAGAUUCAUCCUUUCUCAUUCAGUUUUUCAUGGCAACUCUAGUAAAAUGAAAUUAAAGGCUGGACUAGUUAGACCUCACUAGCCACAUUGAAUUUAUGUGCAACUUUAAAAGAAAGAUCCACCAUGUAGCAUGUGAUACUUUUAUUCUGCUGGUCUCCAGAGAACUUUGCUGUGAUGAAAAGUAAUGUAAAGGAAUAAACCUUCACAUGACCUGCAAAAAAAAAAACACAAAUCUCUCAUAAGUGUGCAAAUUCUGGAAUCAAAAUCUGUGGAUCUAUAAAACAUUGUUAAAGAAUAGAAAUUUUGAAUGGACGUUUAUAGUUCGUAUUUCUUAUUUGGCGUUCUUGAACAUUUACCUAGUUAGAUGGCAUCUGAGCUCAUGGGCUAGUUUUUAAUAUUUAAAAGAAACCAGCCUCUAAGAAUUAUCAAUAGUGAUUGUCUUUCUCAGUAAUCUAAACCUAAGAUAUUUAGGCUUUUAUACAUAAAGGUGUUGUGCUAAAUUUGUGGUAUAUGGGAGGUGGGCAAAAGUAGGUUUACAGUUGUUCAUAGGGGAAAUAAUGCAAUAAAUAAAUAAUACAAGAACACUUUCAUGUACCUGCAACUGUUAAAGUACUUUGCCCACCCCUGUAUAAAUCCUUCCACGUUAUUUUACCAAGAAUGUUUUUAAGUCUGUGUCUGUGAUACAGUUCAUAGUAGGGAUGGUGUAUCUCAAACAUCUUGUUUUUCUACUUACCUCCUCAAAUAAAUAUGGUUUAUUUAAAGAUUCUUUAAAAAUUACAACAAUGGCCCAAAUCAUACAUUUGCUAGUGAUUUUUUCUUUCUUGCCUUGGAAGUAACAAUUCGGUGUAGUGUUGCAUCCUUGAAAAUCUGAAAUCAUAAUACCCAUAAUUAAAAUAGUUGUGCUGAAAUUGUAGCUUAUAUCAACACUACUCGGAAUUAUUUUAGUAAUUUACUUUUCAUGUGGAAAUGAAUUGUUUCAUCGAUAUAUUUCAAAUGAGCAAUGGAAGUGGUCCUUAAGAAAAGGGUUUUUUAUUGUUGUUUGGUUAUACUCUGAUUUGUAAAAUACAAUGCUAUAAAUUGUUCUCUGAAAGAAAAUAAAAUGUUUGAAAUCCAGAUAAUAGUCUUACUGUUAAGAGGUGUAAUAGUUAUUACUAACAAACUUGAUAGGCUUGCAUUUUUCAUGUAGUGUUUAUUCCACUUCCAGUUAGAGUAUAAAUAUGCUGUAUUACUAAAGCGGCUAAAUAACCAAACCAAGUGUUUGUGUGAAAAAAGACUUGCCAAGAUUGAUUUGUUGAAUCUUAAACAUCCUCUUAAAGAGAACCCCUCUUAAGGAGCCUGCAAACUAUGCAUGAUGAAAAUUCUUGCAUUUUAUUAAGGAAUGGCCAUUGGUUUACUCAACACAUCUUAGGGUAUCAUGGCUAUAAGUUUAGUUGCUUACAAAACUCUUUGUGACUUGUGGUUAAACUUAGUCUCACAUACCAUGUAAAUAUUAAAUUAUAGGAUGUUGAAUAACAUCUUUAAAUUGCUGUCUGUAUUGACUAAAGAGCAACUGAGUAAUCCAUUAGGUAAAAGCAUGUUUCAAAUGAAACCUAGGUGGAUUUAUACUUUAUUAUUUACAGAUUUAACAGCAUUCAGUAUUAACUGUGGCUUGACUGUUAAAGUAUCAGAAUGCAGAUGAGGUUCUUUAUGUUACCUGACUGUCAUAAAGAUGAAAAAGAUUUGUAUCGGUAUAAGGUGUUAAGAUUUUUUUAUCCUGCUUUGCAAGGAGAAGUUUCAUUUAUGCUGUUUGGACUCCCAUGAACUUUCACACUACCUAAAACUACCAUCAUUUUUAUCCUUGCUUUUUUUUUUUCUUCCUAUUCAGAAAAGUAUACAAUCUGAAUUAAGUCUUACUAUAAGUGUGAUAAGACACUAGCCUCUCCAAGGAGAGUGUAUUGGACUAUGUCCUCUCUUCUCCCCAGCUGCCAGGUGCUUAGAAGGCAAUGUGAGGGAGAGUGAAGAGCAUGGGCCCUGGAGUCAGUCUGUGUCCCAAACCUCACUCUUCCUUUUACUUGCAAGUGACCACAGGUACCUUCAGCUUGUCUCAGCUUCAGGCUCCUCACCUGUAAGAUGGGGGUGACAAGAACAGUAUCUGCAGAGUCACAGAAUUGCUGGGAAUUAAUUUGUGAUUCAUACAUGUAAUGAACGUAGAGCCGUGUCCACUGCUUUUCAUUCAAUAUCUAGGAUUGUGUGUGAUAGAAUAUGCGUGUCUUUCACAUUCUCUAUUUACCAUUUAUUUUACUUGUAGUCUUGGGUUGCUGUAAUAAAAGAAAUGUAUAGGUAGAAUAUAUAUUUGUAUAUUCAUGUUGACACUAUUUAAAAUAAUUGCUACCACCUGGCCUGGGUGGUUCAGUGGUGGAGCAUCGACCCAUGAACCAAGAGGUCACCCAUUGGAUUCCUGGUCAGGGCAUAUGCCCGGACUGCUGGCUCAAUCUUCAGUAGGGGCUGUGCAGGAGGCAGCCGUUCAAUGUUUCACUCUCAUCGAUGAACUAUAUUCCUCUCUUCCCCUCUCUCUCAAAUCAAUAAAAACAUAUUUAAAAUAA